UAAAUGGCACCCAGCAGUUGGCGUGAGGGGCUGCAGGAGCCUGGGGGCCAGUGGCAGGAACAAGUCUUUUCCGACCCCAUGGAGCUGUAUGAGACAUCCCCCUUCUUCUACCAGGAGCCCCGCUUCUAUGACGGGGAGAACUACCUGCCUGUCCAUCUCCAGGGCUUCGAGCCGCCGGGCUAUGAGCAGACUGAACUCAGCCUGAGCCCAGAGGCCCGAGGGCCCCUGGAAGACAAGGGGCUGGGGACCCCGGAGCGCUGUCCCGGCCAGUGCCUGCCGUGGGCGUGCAAGGUGUGUAAGAGGAAGUCGGUGUCCCUGGAUCGGCGGCGGGCAGCCACGCUGAGGGAGAAGCGCCGGCUGAAGAAGGUGAACGAGGCCUUCGAGGCCCUGAAGAGGAGCACCUUGCUCAACCCCAACCAGCGGCUGCCCAAGGUGGAGAUCCUGCGAAGCGCCAUCCAGUACAUCGAGCGCCUGCAGGCCCUGCUCAGCUCCCUCAACCAGGAGGAGCGCGACCUCCGCUACCGGGGCGGGGGCGGCCCCCAGCCGGCGGUGCCCACGGAAUGCAGCUCCCACAGCGCCUCCUGCAGUCCAGAGUGGGGCAGCGCACUGGAGUUCGGGCCUAACCCUGGUGACCAUCUGCUGGCGGCUGACCCGACAGAUGCCCACAACCUGCACUCCCUCACCUCCAUCGUGGACAGCAUCACAGUGGAGGAUGUGUCUGUGGCCUUUCCAGAUGAAACCAUGCCCAACUGAAGUUGGCCACCAGGUUGGGUGUCUGUGGGAGUCCCCAGGGUGGUGGUGGCAGAUGCUACCACUUCUGCAGUAGGGGAUCUCCUAAGCCAGGCUGUCGUGAUGCCAGGAAGACAGCCCCAGGCUGCCAUAGGCCAGACUAUCCCCUCCCCAUCCACUUAAGGUUCAUGCAAGGCCCAUCGAGGGAAUGGGUGUCUUCGUUCAGAUGACUUCUUAGAGCAGAGGGCAUCCCCUUUCCAAGGAGACAAAGCAAGGGACCAGAGCGCCCCCUUGUGGAUGCCCCAGGCUCAGGGAAGGGCAAACUCAGGAGCUUCCUUUUCGUCAUAACACAGUUUUUAAUUCCAACCCCCCCCCCCCCAAAUGAAACCCUUUGAGAGACAAAGACAGUGUUUUGACCUGGACAAGCGUGCACACCUCUGGUUCUGGUCACUUCCUGAUGCCAGUGGCUGGGCUGGGCCUGCCCUGAGCUGAACGAGAAGAAAGGGAGAAGAACGAUCCUCUUUUCCCGUCUCUGGGGGGGGGGCAAGCUUUUGCAGUGAAUAUGGGGAAACUUCCAGUGGUUUCAUGUUUUUGUUUUGUUUUGUGUGUUGUUUGUGAAGCUGCCAUCUGACCAAGGUCUCCUGUGAUGACAUUGCUGGGGACAGGCAAGGCAGGAGGCAGGGGCUCUUGGGGGGAGGGGAGGGGUGAUUUCUUUUGUUAACUAAGCAUUGUGUGGUUUUG